GCCCAACUCGCUAACAAUUCAGUACGCUCGAAUCGAGACGCCUCGUGUCCUCACGCGUGCCCUAAUAACGCCUUCUCCCUCAGCAGUGAUACUUCGCCGCUGCGAUCCUUCCGCCGGCGAUCGAUCUCCGUCCAUCUUCGACUGCACAUCCGUAUAAGCAGAGAUAUUGAAAUAUGUCUGGAUUGGUUGAAACCCAGAAUAGGCAAGGCAGACCUGCGCUUCCUACUCAACCCAGAGGUCCUCCCUCAUUAGCUCGCUUUCGGGAGCCUGUAGACCGUGAGAAGACAUGUCCUCUCUUGCUUCGAGUGUUCACCAAGAGUGGUGGUCACCAUCCGGCUGAAGAAUUUGCUGUGAGAGGAAAGGAGCCAAAAGAUGAGGUUCAGAUUUAUACAUGGAAGGAUGCAAAUCUCCGAGAACUCACUGACCUUGUCAAAGAGGUUUCACAAGAAGCAAGGAAAAGAGACGCCAAGCUCUCGUUUGCUUUCGUGUAUCCUGACAAAAAUGGCAGAUUCGUGGUGCGACCGGUGGGCAUGACAUACUCUCACGGGAGCGGUCAGCGACUGGACGAUCCAAAGACUCUCGCUGAACUUGGCUUUCAGAUUGGAGACUACCUGAGUGUUGCAAUCCUUUAGAGGAUAUUGUGUUCCCUGAAUGCAAAGUUGUACUGAUGAUCCUCAUGUGAUUGCUUUUCGUGCCAUGCCAGGUAUCGAACUAAGCUCUUGGAAAAAUUAGCUUUGUUAGCAGAUGGACUUCUCAUGUUCUUCUAGACCUUUUAAUGAAAUGUUCUUCUGUAUCAUUCGUCGUAAAGACAUCUUGUUUACACUUAAGAUGCUAGAAUCUUGCGUCGAUAGGUUAACUAUUAUGCAUGAAGCAUCGAAAGUAAGCACAGAUCUCCGGCCUCACUGCCUCGCAUUCGCCUCUGGUCUCACGAGCCACAAGUAGACCAAAGAUGCAUGAGCUCUAGUAUCUCCAAACAGUGGCACAAUUUGACCGAAAUUGUGAUCAUUCAUAGUCAAGUGCCUAUGCCUAUGCCAUACGAACUACUAUAAGGGUUUCGCACCGAUCAUGCCAGGUUGACCUAAUCUUGGCCAUUCAUACAUGAUCCUACAUGAGCUAAUCUAAAACCGAUCGAACAUCCAUGGACGGAGCGUCUAUGACUAAAUCUACUCACACAACUCGUAGAGUUUUCGUCUCCAUUAAUCUUGCUCUCAAAUCUCAUUCCAUCACUAUCAUUGUUCAUAAUUCAACUCACCAUUAAUCUCUCGUGGAGGAAUCAAUGCCAACUCACUCCAAUUGACAAAAACAAUUGGACAUAUUCCAAGCACGCCAUCUCUCCUACUCUUGCGUGAAGAGAAGGGUUAACACAUGAUCUUCUCAAAAUGCCCCCGGUAAUUUAAUUAUUUUCAUUUUACUACUUGUAUUUCAUUUUAUCCCGGCAUUAGGGGGUCAUCAUUAUAAUUUUUAAAAAGUAAUUGAGUCAAGCAGCAAAAAUCCAAACAAAUGAAUGGUAUAUUUUUUCCCAAGGAGAGCCAAGAACAAGGGCUUUCCUUGGUAUAUCAGAGUUCCUCUAUGCCAUAAGAAAUAGACAACUACUUGUCUUCUUUCUCCUGCCUUCCACUCCAUAAGCUUCUGCUCCGACUCUACUCUCUGGCGAUUCAGCCAUGCUGCUUUACAGAUCAUGCGCUUGUAGUUGCCUCCAAAUGUCCAGCUCCGACCGCGAAGAAGAAGACGACGAAAGGAGUCAUGAUCGUCCUCCUCAUCCUUGGAGAAUGUACUUGGUGAAAGAUCUCAUCCGUGCGACGAGAAACUUUCACGAAGAGAACAAGCUCGGAGAAGGCGGCUUUGGCACGGUCUAUUGGGGCCGGACAAAGAAAGGAACCGAGAUCGCGGUGAAGCGGCUGAAGGCCCUGUCGGAGAAGGGGGAGAUGGAGUUCGCCAUGGAAGUGGAGAUACUUGGAAGGGUACGGCACAAGAAUCUGUUGAAUCUACGGGGAUUUUGCGCCUCCAAUGAUGAAAGACUCAUCGUCUACGAUUACAUGCCCAAUUGCAGCCUACAGAGCCACCUCCACCGCCACCGCCGCCCCCACCCCUCCUCCUCGUCCUCCUCCUCCUCCUCCCAAUCCCCUCCACUUGACUGGCCCAGGCGGAUGCAGAUCGUCGUUGGCGCCGCGGAAGGAAUCGCGUAUUUGCAUCACGAGGCGAGUCCGCACAUAGUUCACCGGGAUAUCAAGGCGAGCAACGUGUUGUUGGACGGCGAGUGGAACGCGAAGGUGGCAGAUUUCGGGUUCGCGAAGCUGAUGCCGGAGGGGGUGAGCCAGCUGACGACGAGAGUGAAGGGGACGCUGGGGUACCUGGCGCCGGAGUACGCGAUGUGGGGGAAGGUCUCCGACCACUGCGACGUCUAUAGCUUCGGGGUGCUGCUACUUGAGAUCGUCAGCGCGCGGCGGCCGAUCGAGAAGCUGCCCACCGGAGUCAGGCGCGACAUCGUGCAGUGGGCAGCCCCAUACGCCGCCCGGGGCGCGUGGGAACGCAUCGCCGAUCCCAGGCUCUCUGGGAGGUUCGAUCGGGAGGAGCUCCGUAACGUCGUCACCCUCGCGAUGAGGUGCGUAGAGGGACGACCGGAGAAGCGGCCGACGAUGAAGGAGGUGGUGGAUAUACUCAACCGCAGGGCGGAGACGGUGUCACCGGCGCCGGCGACACCGGCUAGAAGGUGAUUGAUUUCAUACAAAUUGGUG